AUUAAAUCCGAGCGACUGUGUUCAAACUUGAAGGUGAGAUAUGCAAAAAGGUGUUCUCUCUUUUCAAACUGGGAUUAUCAUAUAAAGCAUUGUAAAACACUGAUUAAAACUUUAUUUGUAGUACAUCAAAUGUUGAUGCAUUGUAACUAUUAUAAUAUAAUAAUAUAAUAAAGUUAUGUCAUCAUACUAUUGACUAUUGGGUUCUCAAGAUGACUGUUCAUAUUCUAUUUCCUGUCCACAGUCCAUUACCUGUCAUGCCCUGAGCCCUGAGUAGCACUAAGGAUGCCAGGGGGCCAGUAUCAGAUGUCUUCCAGGAGGCCUCGCCCCAGCCGCCAUAGCCUGUCAGUCAGCUCAGAAGGUGGGCAGGAUGAGGAGGAGGCCAACCCUCCCAAACGCCUCACUCCCCUGGAGAGGCUCACCACCGAAAUGUGUCAGGAUGAGCAGACCAUCAAGGAGCUGAUCUUGGGCCGUAGGAUUGGCUUCUACAAGGUCCGUGGUGAGAUUGGCUCUGGAACCUUCUCCCGUGUCAAAAUGGCCUUCCACGUCCUCACCAAAGGUAAAGGUCACACUUCUGACCAUACAGAAUUUCAUCAACAACUUAUCAUUGCAACUGGAAUGUAUCAUACAUGUAAUGAUGAUAACAGCAAAGUAAUUCAUUAGUGUGACUGUGAAACCACCACAGUAAAGCAUGUUGAAACUAAACUGAGGAAAACACCUGUCUCAAAUUAUCCAACAUCUGACUCUCUCCUUCUCACCCCCAGACAAGGUGGCAAUCAAGGUGCUGGAUAAGACGCGGCUGGAUGUUCAGGCCCAGAGGCUACUCUCCAGGGAGAUCUCCUGCAUGGAGGCCCUGCAGCAUGCCAAUGUUGUGCGUCUUUACGAGGUGGUGGAGUCACACAGCCGCCUCUACCUGGUGAUGGAGUACGCCAGUGGAGGGGACCUCCACACACACAUCUGCUCUAAGGGCAGGCUGUCAGAAGCAGAGGCCAAGAUCACCUUUGCACAAAUCCUGUCUGCCAUCAAACAUAUGGUCAGUAGUAUUCAAUUUAAUUUACAUAUAGGAUCAGCAAUAUGAUCACAGGUCUUAUUAAAGUCCAAUACAGAAUUGAAAUAAAAUAUAUUAUUUUAGUCAAUUUGAAUAGUCAAAUUAUCUCAUACAGUAUGUCAAUUGUUCGUGUUUGCAGCAUGACAAAAACAUCAUCCACCGGGACCUGAAGGCCGAGAAUGUACUGUACACCUGUAAUGGCUGUGUGAAGGUGGCUGACUUUGGCUUCAGCACCAGGGUCAUCAACCGCAGCGACACCCUGGACACCUUCUGUGGUUCUCCCCCCUACGCCGCUCCUGAACUCUUCAGGGACGAUUGCUACGUGGGGCCACCAGUGGACGUGUGGGCCAUGGCUGUCCUGCUCUUCUUCAUGGUGACCGGCACCAUGCCCUUCCAGGCUGACACCAUGGGCAAGCUGAGGCUCGCCGUUAUAGAAGGGGUCUACAUCCUCCCGCCCUGGGUACCAGGCCCGUGCCAGCGGCUGAUCCGGGGCAUACUGAAGCCUGUACCAGCGGAUCGUUAUGCGGUGGACCAGAUGUUGGGCUGUGACUGGCUGCUCCCUGUGGAGUACCCGUGGACAGUGGUGCCACCGGUCCCCCUCAACCCUUUGCGCCUGGCAGAUGCAGAGCCUGGGGAGCUGGAUGAUGAGGAGGAGGAGAUCAGGGCCUCUCUGGAGGAGUUGGGUGUCAACAUGGAACAUAUACGCAACAACCAGGGCAAGGGCAGCCGCAGCCCCAUCACCGGACUUUACCGUAUCCUCUUACACCGCGCCCAGAAGAGGCGUGGUGCCGAGACUGUGCCAGUGAUCAGAGGGUUGAUCCAGGACCCUAAGAGAGAGGGCCUCCGAGCCUACAGAGGUCUGAUGCACGCCUCCAAGUUAUGUGUCCUUCAGUAA